GAAAAAGGUUCUGUCGCAUUAUGGGAGGAGCCGGGACCCCGGUUUCCUUAUUGGCGGCGACCUGGCCGCUCUUCCUGAUCAUAGCUUUUCCGUCACUCUGAACCCGCCUUUUCCUCCAAAGUGGUCCACAGUCCCGCCCUCUCUGCCAGGACUUCCUGUUCCCGGUAACCCUGGCCGUGGCUGGGUUUGUAGCGGGGCGGUGGCUUGAGUGACCCCGGGCUGUUGUGGCGCUGCGCGCACCUGCGCCCGCCCCUUGAGGACAGCGAAGCUGAGCCUGUCUCCGGUCUCAGGAUGCCAGGAGACGAGGAGCGAGCCUUCCUAGCGGCCCGCGAGGAGCUGGCGAGCGCCCUGAGGUGGGAUUCUGCGCAGGUAUUUCCCCUGGAGCAGCUCACGCCGCUUCUGGCCACCUCUCUGCCACUCUCCUCCCGCUACCGGCAGCUGGAUGCCGGACGCCUGGUCCGCUGCAACGCUCAUGGGGAGCCUCGAAACUACCUCAACACUCUAUCCACGGCCCUGAACAUCCUGGAAAAGUAUGGUCGAAACCUCCUCAGCCCACAGCGGCCCCGGUAUUGGCGCUCAGUGAAGUUUAAUAACCCUGUCUUUCGCAGCACGGUGGAUGCUGUGCAGGGUGGCCGGGAUGUGCUACGGUUGUAUGGCUAUACCGAGGAGCGCCCAGAUGGAUUGAGUUUCCCCGGAGGGCAGGAGGAACCAGAUGAAUACCAGGUUGCCAUAGUCACACUAGAAGUACUACUGCUUCGCACGGAGCUCAAUUUGCUGUUGCAGAAUACUCAUCCAAGACAGAACGCACUGGACCAGCUACUAAGAGACAGCGUUGAAGAUGACAUGCUGCAGCUUUCAGAGUUUCACCCCCUUUUGAGAGAGAUUGUUCCUGGCCCCCUCCCCUCUGCCCCAGGCCAUACUCCUGGUCCCUGCUUUCUCUGUGGUUCUGCCCCAGGCACACUGCACUGUCCAGCCUGUAACCAAGCUUCAUGCCCAGCUUGUGACCUUUUGUUCCAUGGGCAUCCGUCCCGUGCGCAUCACCUUCGCCACACCCUACCCGGGGCCCACCAGACCACCAACCUAAGCUCUAGUUUACCUGCCUCGUCCCAACCACGGCCCCACUCCUCCUCCCUGGCCAUGGGAGAUAGCUCUCUCUCUUCCCCUGACCCUGCAAAUGCUUGUCUGCCCUGGCACUGUCCUACCUGUGCCACAUUAAACGAGCCUUGGGCAGUGUUCUGUGCAGCCUGUAGUCAGCCCAAAGGCUGUAAGGUGCGGGGAAGAGAGAGUUCCCAAGGAACUGGGGUCCUAGAGCCCGAGCCUGCACGGGAUCAGUGGGCCUGCCAGAGCUGUACCUUUGAGAAUGAGGCAGCAGCCGUGCUCUGUGCCAUCUGUGAGCGACCUCGGCUGGCCCAGCCUCCCAGCUUGGUGGUGGAUUCCCAUGACGCUGGUGUUUACCAACAGCCCCUUAAGGAGGAUACUUUGCUCUCCGCUGCCCAGUCUCAGGUGUGGCACUGUGACCAUUGUACCUUCUGCAAUUCAGGCCCUGUCUGGGUGUGUGCCAUGUGUAACCGGACUCGCAGCCCCAUCCCUGCACAGCCCUAUCCCAGCUCCUUGGAGAAGGGACUCUCACAGCCAGGGUCCUCACAACACCUCAGCUCCUCCCUGCCUGCUUCCUGUGGAGAUCCAGAGAAACAGCGCCAAGAUAAGAUGCGGAAGGAAAGUCUCCAGCUAGUGAACAUGAUCCAGGAAGGGGAAGCUGCAGGUGCCAGUCCAGAAGAGAUCUUCUCGGCUCUACAAUACUCGGGCACUGAGGUGCCCCUGCAGUGGUUGCGUUCAGAGCUGUCCUACGUCUUGGAGAUGGUGGCUGAGCUAGCUGGACAACGGGAUCCAGAGCUCGGUGCCUUUUCCUGUCAGGAAGCCCGGAAAGCCUGGCUUGAUCGUCAUGGCAACCUUGAUGAAGCUGUAGAGGAGUGUGUGAGGGCCAGGAGGAGGAAGGUGCAGGAGCUCCAGUCCCUGGGCUUUGAGCCUAAAGAAGGGUCGCUGCAGGCAUUGUUCCAGCAUGGGGGUGAUGUGGCCCGGGCCCUAACUGAGUUACAGCGACAGCGCCUGGAGCCUUUCCACCAGCGCCUCUGGGGCAGAGACCCCGAACCCACUCCCUGCUGGGAUGGCCUGGAUAGACAGAGCCUGGUCAGACGCCUUCUGGCGGUAUACACACUCCCCAGCUGGGGUCGAGCAGAGUUGGCGUUAGCGCUGCUGCAGGAGACACCCAGGAACUAUGAGUUGUUGGACGUGGUGGAGGCCGUGAGGCACAGUCAGGACCGGGCCUUUCUGCGCCGACUGCUUGCCCAGGAAUGUGCUGUGUGCGGGUGGGCCCUUCCCCGAAACCGGAUGCAGGCCCUGAUCUCCUGCGAGUGCACCAUAUGCCCUGAGUGUUUCCGCCAGCAUUUCACCAUUGCCCUGAAGGAGAAGCACAUCACAGACAUGGUGUGCCCUGCCUGUGGCCGCCCUGACCUCACCGAUGAUGCGCAGUUACUCAGUUACUUCUCCACCCUUGACAUCCAGCUCAGAGAGAGCCUAGAGCCGGAUGCAUAUGCUCUGUUUCAUAAGAAGCUAACCGAGGCUGUGCUCAUGCGAGACCCCAAGUUCUUGUGGUGUGCCCAGUGUUCCUUCGGCUUCAUAUAUGAACGAGAACAGCUGGAGGCGACAUGUCCCCAGUGUCACCAGACCUUCUGUGUGCGCUGCAAGCGCCAGUGGGAGGAGCAGCACAGAGGGCGGAGCUGUGAGGAUUUCCAGAACUGGAAACGCACCAAUGACCCAGAGUACCAGGCUCAAGGCCUGGCCAUGUACCUUCAGGAAAACGGCAUAGACUGCCCCAAAUGCAAGUUCUCAUACGCACUGGCCCGAGGAGGCUGCAUGCACUUCCACUGCACACAGUGUCGCCACCAGUUCUGCAGCGGCUGCUACAAUGCCUUUUACGCCAAGAAUAAAUGUCCAGACCCUAACUGCAAGGUGAAAAAGUCCCUGCAUGGUCACCACCCUCGAGAUUGCCUCUUCUACCUACGGGAUUGGCCUGCUGCCCGGCUCCAGAAACUUUUGCAGGACAAUAAUGUCAUGUUUAACACAGAGCCUCCUGCCGGCACACGGGCAGUCCCUGGAGGUGGCUGCCGAGUGAUGGAACAGAAGGAGGUUCCCAGUGGGUUCAGGGAUGAAGCUUGUGGCAAGGAAACUCCGCCUGGCUAUGCCGGCCUGUGUCAGGCACACUACAAAGAGUAUCUUGUGAGCCUCAUCAAUGCCCACUCGCUGGACCCAGCGACCCUGUAUGAAGUGGAGGAACUGGAGACAGCCACUGCACGCUACCUACAUUUAACGCCCCAACCCAUGGAUGGAGAGGAUCUUCCUGCUUACCAGGCCCGGUUGUUACAGAAGCUGAGAGAAGAGGUGCCCUUGGGACAGAGUAUUGCUCGCAGAAGAAAGUAGCUGAGAGCCGGGUCCUAAUGGACCUUCCUGAACCCAGCCUUCAGCAGCAGUUCCAGCACCAAUAAAGAGGCAUCUUAUGGCCUA